AUACAUGGCCAUUAUUGAUCCCUUGAAACCUAGGCUCUCGGCAACUGCUACCAAGGUGGUCAUUGGGAGCAUAUGGAUUUUGGCUUUCCUGUUGGCCUUUCCCCAGUGCCUAUACUCCAUAACCAAGGUGAUGCCUGGGAGAACUCUUUGCUAUGUAGCAUGGCCAGGUGGUCCAAAACAACAUUUUACGUAUCAUGUCAUUGUGAUUGUGCUGGUCUACUGCUUUCCACUGCUUGUCAUGGGCAUCACUUACUCAAUAGUGGGAAUUACCCUCUGGGGAGGAGAAAUACCAGGCGACACAUCCAACAAAUAUCAUGAGCAGCUCAAAGCUAAAAGAAAGGUGGUAAAAAUGAUGAUUGUGGUUGUGCUGACAUUUGCCAUCUGCUGGCUGCCUUACCACAUUUACUUCAUAGUUACUGGGAUCUACCAACAAUUAAAUCGGUGGAAAUACAUUCAACAAAUCUAUUUGGCCAGCUUUUGGCUUGCCAUGAGCUCUACAAUGUACAAUCCCAUUAUCUACUGCUGUCUUAAUAAGAGGUUCCGAGCUGGCUUCAAGCGAGCUUUCCGCUGGUGCCCCUUCAUUGAGGUGUCCAGCUACGAUGAGCUAGAGCUCAAGGCAGCUAGGUUUCAUCCCACCCGGCAAAGUAGCCUAUAUGCUGUGUCUAGAAUGGAGUCCAGCAUGACAGUGGUGUUUGACACUAAUGAUGGAGACAACACCCACGCCAGCCGUAAGAAAAGAGCAGCUCCAAGGGAUGCCAGUUUCAAUGGCUGUUCACAGAGGAAUUCCAAGACUGUCUCCACAGCCUCAAGUCUCAUCAGUUCACUGCACACAUCAGUAGAUGAUUAUUCCUAUGCAUUUCAUGGUGACAGUUGCUAG